AUGUCCUUCGUUAACGACACCAACCCCUUCGCGCCCCCCGGGGAGACCGCGGAUGACCUCUGGUUGGAGAAGUCCCAGCUGGUUGGCGCCGUCUUGGGCGGUGUGGCCUACGGUGUGCACGUGGCGUCCUUCGUCCUCUGCGCCGACGCGAUGUGGACCUCCGCCCGGACGAACAGGGCCAUGCGCACACGCAGCUCCAUCUUCAUGAUGUUCAUCUUCUUGCUCUUCUUGUCCGGCACCCUCAACUUCGCCUGCAACACCCGCAUAGUCCAGCUCCAGUUCAUCGACAACCGUGACUUCCCCGGCGGCCCCAUGGCCUGGCUGUUUGCCUUCUACUCCAUCGGUGUCAACACUGCCGGCAACGCUGGCUACAUUAUUGGCAACUUCCUGGCCGACGCUCUCCUCCUCUGGCGUGUGUACGUUGUAUGGAACAGUAUCUAUAUCGUCAUCUUCCCCUUCCUCGUGUUCCUUGGCUCGACCGCGAUGUCCUUCCUGACGCUCUACCAAGCCUCGCGCCCCGACGCCUCGCUGUGGACGCACCUCACCGUGCAGUUCACGCUGCCGUACUUCAGCAUCUCGAUAGCGCUCAACGUGCUCCUCAUGCUCCUGCUCGUCGGCCGGCUGUACUACAUGUCGUGGAACGCGUCGCGCACGCUCGGCCGGCAGCACGGGUCGACGUACAUCUCGAUCGCGACGAUGCUCGUCGAGUCCGCGGCACCUUACGCGAUCACGGGCAUCAUCUUCAUCAUCACCUACGCCCGGAACUCGUACGUCCAGAACCUCGUCCUGCCCGUGCUCGGCCAGAUCAUGUGCAUCUCCCCCGAGGUCAUCAUCCUCCGCGUCGCGACCGGCCGCGCGGUGACCAGCCGGCCGUCCGCGACCGCGCCCUCCGGGCACACCGGCUCGUCGACGGCGAUGCCGAGCAUGCAGUUCCGCUCGCCGAAGGCGUCGCAGGGCACCGAGACCUUCGCGCUGAGCUCGAUGGGCGCGACGGACCACACCGGCUCGAUGACGCUCGGCUCCAAGGGCGGGCUCUUCAAGGGCGAGGAGGUCUGA